UUACAGCUGUUUACAGCUGCUUACGGUCACGUCUACAGGAUGAUCCAAUGUGCCCAGGUACAAGUAAACUGCAAUAUAACUGGACAUAAUUUAAAAAAUAUUCCCUGCAUUGGUGUAACAGACUUAUCAGUGACUCAAAUAAGUAGCACUUCCAUGUUGGGUGGGCCUAAGCGGCCUAAGCAUAUACUUCGUCCAAUGAAAGUUAAAUAUGUUAUGCAAUACCGCCACAGUUUUAUCAGUGGGAAAAGUCUGAACGGUCUAAACGUCUAAACCGUCAGAACCGGUCAGAACAGACUACAUUGUUCAUGUUGGCCGAUAGAGCGAUGGUCGGUGACGGACAAUGGUUUUGGUGUUGUGUGUUUGGAUGUAUCCAGAUUCACAUUGCAGUGAACGAAUUACUACACAUUUUGUCGUUUAUAAAAUGAAAGUGUUUUGCUAGCAUGGGGCUAGCAAAUCGAACAAGAAUGUGGUGCCUAGUAAGUCAGCCGAAUUGUGUGAUAAUAGAAGUUAAAGUUGAUCCAAAGGCAGAAGGUCAAGAAUGUUUGGAAAAGGUAUGCCAUUGCCUUGGAAUAAGCACAGAGUCGGAUUAUUUCGGCCUUAAGUAUCAUGGAGCAAAAGGUGAAGAGCUGUGGCUUAAUUUGCGCAACCCCAUAGAACGGCAGGUGGUUGGUCUUCCGCCAUACCGUUUUGCUCUGCGAGUGAAAUUUUGGGUGCCUCCUCAUCUCCUCCUCCAAGAUUCAACCAGGCAUCAGUUUUACCUACAUGCAAGACUUGACGUCCUGGAAGGUAGACUUAAAGUAAAUGAUUGGAGCAUAACUACCAAGUUUUUAGCACUUAUGGUGCAGGCUGAGUGUGGUGACUUUGAACCUCUGACAUCUCAACAACAUCACUGCAAGUAUUUGGAGCAAUGUUCCCAACUUUGUGGUGUGGAAGACAUAAAGCCUUCAGAUGUCCUUCACAGAGUGUCUCUGGAACACCAGGAACUGAAGGGUAUGAAGCCAUCAGCAGCAGAAUACUGGUUACUGAAGGAGGCAUCUUACUUGGAUAGUUUUGGAGAAGAAUUGUUCCACAGCAAACCAAGUGGUGAGGGAUGUAUAGCUACCUGUUUAGGGGUUGGUCCCCAUGGCAUAUCUUUGUAUCAUGGCGAAGACCUGGCACAAAAACACAGCAUUCCAUACACAGCAAUUCAGACUGCAGCAUCACAGCGUCGACUGUUUCAUUUGACCUACGCUGACAUGGAUGGUCAUGAGGCAUCCCUGGAGAUCAAGUUGGAAUCCUCGCAGGCAGCCAGUGGUGUUUAUAGAGCCAUCACAGAAAAACAUGCAUUCUACAGUUGUGAGACAGUUCGGAGUGCUGUGACCACACAGUUUAUAAGAGAUCUCAAGGGUACAAUUGUGUCCAUCUUCAAUGAGGAUACAUCACUUGGUAAGAAAUAUGUAUUUGAUAUCCGACGUACUUGCCGUGAAGUAUAUGACAAUGCAAGGCGUGCUUCAUAUCGGAAUUCUGGAAAUGUUGGGAUGUCUCAGAUUUUUCCUUCAACCUCUGACGUUAAUUCUGCCAAUAUUUCUACUGAAGGAAGAAGUCAGAAUGAGAAUGGUGAGAGAGUCAUCAGCAGUGGCUGUGUAGAUGAACAGUGCAAGUCUACACAGGCACGACUGGCAAGGCUGCUGGAAGCUAUGUCAUGCCGCAUUUGCAUGGACCGAGCCAUUGAUACUGCAUUCUUCCCUUGUGCACAUGUGAUGGCAUGUGGUGAGUGUGGCGCAAGGUGUGACAGAUGCCCACUUUGCAGAGCACCAAUUCAGCAUUCACAGCACAUCUUUUUGCCUAUUGAACUACAAGAUACUGAUAGUUUGCUGCAGCAGCAUAAAGAUUCCAGACAGCCUAAGGAGGAAUUUGAGGGCUGUGAUGAUGAUGAUGAUUUUCAUGAAGAAUUUCAGAACCGUUCACCUCAGUCACACCAACAGCACUGGCAAUACAGAAAUGACCUGAGUCAGCGUGAGGGACACAUAAUCGGAGUAAAUCAGGUAAACAGUGGAACUGACCAUAUGCUUUACCAAAUGGAGCAAGUGAACCAAAGUCAAGAAAACUGUAUGAUUGCUGAUAGCUAAAACUUUGUAAAAAUCUUGCACUGAACUGUGAAACAUCAGGAUAAAGCUAUAUUCAUAGUUUGUCAACAGAAACACAAUUGGGAUGAUUGUCUCUUGAUUGUGUAAUGUUUUAUAAAAAAUUUUGUGAAUGGUUCUAGAGCACAGUGCAUCUAAUUGGUCUCAGAUAGUUCUGCUUGUGACUGAAUAAUUAUGGAAAGGUGGCUUACUGUUUGUAACCUUUUUUUAAAAUUAUACUAGCAUUUUUGUUUAUUGUCCAUAAUGUAUGUUAGUUGGACUGUAAGAUGCAGUAUUCUUUUACACGGGUUAUAUUCUUCACAGAUUGAUGUUAAAGUAUAUAAGCAUAAUGGAUUCACAUACAUUUUUGUUACAAAAUCGAUUUCUAUGGUAAAAUCAUUCUCACUUGGCUGCUGUUCUUUCAUAAUGAAAUAAGGACAUUUUUUAUAAUGUUACUAAAGGUCUUAUUUUACUGACUUAAAUCCACCAAAGAAACAGUUGAUUUAUAGUACUCUGUGUUAUAAUUGAUGGAUCUUGAAGAUUUGAUUCUCUUAGGAUAUUUUCUUUUACCUUAUCAUCAUACAAUUUUAAAAUGGAUCUUAAAUAGGAUGGAGUUGUGUGGAUUGGUUUCACCUGGCUCAGGAUAGAGACCAGUUGUGAACAUGGUAAUGAAUCUGUGGGUUCCAUUAAAUGUUGGGAAAUUUUUGAGUAGCAGAGCAACUGGCGACUUCUUGAGGACUCAGCUACAUGGAGUUAGUUUAGUAAAAACUAUUGGCUUGAUCUAUUGAUAAUUGGAAUUUGCCAGCAGGCAUAUUCUGGUUUUUAAAUAGCAGAUUCAGCUUGCAUACCAUGCCAUAAAUGGUUGUUACAUAAUGAUAUUAACACAUUUUCUGUCAGUUUUGAUAUCCAGGAUUGCCAUUCCGUCCUUAAGCCUGGUCUAGAGAUUUCAAUGAUUAACACAUGCCACUCUUCAGCAUUCAUCCAUGUCAUUUGUGCAUGUAUAUGUGCUGAUGGCUGUCUGUCCUAGUCUGGCAUACUUCAAGGAGUGUGCAGUUGUGUCACCUUGUCAUAUUAUAAGGUCUAAACAUCAAAUGUUUUUUGUAUAGAUUUCAGACAUUUGGGGUAAAAUAACCAGCUGACAGGGACUGAAGUGAAGUGGACAAACUGUGUGUAUGGGGGGGGGAUUUCUUUCAGCACUUUCAGUGUGUAGACGAAAUGUACGAAAUUGAGAGAUGAUUGAUGAAUAAUGAAUUGUAAAGAGUUUGGAAGGAAGCAAUCAUGGCCUAAUCUGUUACACAGUAGUUAUGAAGUGAGGCUAACUGCAUGCAAGUGGCAAGUCAUAUUGGGAAGUGAGUCAGCAACAUUUGGUAACUUCCAGGAGGGUCCUGUGAUAUGGAACUAUCCCUCCAGUCUCUGUACUUCUGAAUCUGAUAUCUGGCAGAUAUAGUCAGUGAAAUAAACCAUAAUAUAAAGUAUGUUUCUUUCUUCACUUAUGACAAAAACAAUAUUUGCACCACAUCUGGGAAAAGGAAAUUAUCUGUACAAUAUAUUUCAUAUGGAGGAAUUUAAAAUAAGCAGUUGUGUAAAAGUUAUGUAUUUGUCCCGUUAAUAGAAUUUUAUUUUACGAGGCUCACUUCAGUGUCACUGACUGUGGUGAAACUUUGAAAACAAGGGAAAUUAAAUGUAUACUUAUAAAUUUUUGUGAGUUGAAGCCUUCAUAGCAACAUUUAUGAAUCAUCUAGCAGCUUCUUCCUUGUUCUAUGGACCACAUUGAUGUGACUGAAAGUAAAAACAGGUUUGGAACAUUGUCUCUUGAACCCUUGGGCAGUGAAUGGUGUUUUAAAUAAGUCAAAGGAAAUCUCAAUGUAAUUAUACAUUAGUAUUCAUAACAUGGCCAGACAUUCUGUGACAAAAGAACAAUAAUUAUACAUGAUUAAAAAAUUAUUUUGAUUAUAGAGAAAUGUACUAUUAAGUUUUGUAAAACUCUGACAUGUCAUGGAAUUUUGAGUGCUUUAGUAUGGGGUCUGUGAAAGUAACAAAAAAGACAUAUUUGUUGAAUUGAAACCAUUAUACAGUUGUAGUGUGUAUCUCAUAUGCUUUAAACAAGAACUCUUUUAUGAAUGUACAAUAAUAUGUUAACUGCUGAUGGAAAUGCAGAGCAUACACAAUGCAAGAACUGCUUUAGUCAUUAACAAUGCAAGAAAUAUAUAACUAUAUGUAAUAUAAUGUAAUGUUUUGCUAUGAAUUGAGGUUUUAUGUUCUUUUAUAAUACAAUGUAAGUUCAAGGUUAAAUUUUAAAGUACCAAAAGGUGACAAGAGUAUUUUCCAAGUAUUUGCAGAUUUUAAAAGAAAGUAUUAAUAUAAUGCUGUAAGUUUGUGUACAUUGGUAAUAACUAUGUGAAACAAAUAUUUGAGUUAUAUGAAUCAGUAUGAAUAGAGAUAUUCAUUUUUCAGCCAUUUUGUUUCCUAUAAGAUGAAGCUUUAUCACUGAUUUGUGUAUGUGUACAUGAUCAUGCCUGUAUACAGGCAGAAAAAAAAUGUGUUCUUGUGAUACCUUGAAAUAUGACAUUAAAGUUACAUUUUUAUAAUACUA